AUGAGGAUAGAAGAGCUUAUUAUAGAUGGAUUUAAAUCUUAUGCCGUCCGUACUAUUAUUUCAGGAUGGGACCCUGAAUUUAACGCGAUUACUGGUCUUAACGGUUCUGGAAAGUCAAACAUUUUAGAUGCAAUUUGUUUCGUGUUGGGUAUUACCAACUUAAGCCAGGUUCGAGCAAGCAAUAUGCAAGAUUUGAUCUAUAAACGUGGUCAAACCGGGGUUAAUAAGGCCUCAGUAACUAUUGUCUUUAAUAAUGAAGAUAGAGACAAUAGUCCUGUAGGUUUCGAGCAAUAUUCACGUAUCAGUAUAACAAGACAGAUAAUUUUAGGUGGCCAAAGCAAAUAUAUUGUCAACGGUCAUCGUGCUCAACAAAAUGUGGUUCAAAAUCUAUUCCAAUCUGUUCAACUCAAUAUAAAUAAUCCCCAUUUUUUGAUCAUGCAAGGAAGAAUAACCAAAGUUCUCAAUAUGAAACCUCCAGAAAUUUUAGCAAUGAUUGAAGAAGCUGCAGGAACGCAAGAAAUCGGGCCAAAAUUAGACAAAUUGAGAACAGAGAAAAGGUCGUAUUUAGAAUUUCAGAAGACUGAAUCUGAUAUCGAACGACUGACACGAUUGGUUGUUGCAUACGAAUAUACAAAGCAUCAGGACAAGCUCGAUAGAUCAGGAGCCGAUCUUGAAGCAAAAAAAGUUAAAGUUCAAGAAUUAUUGGAAUUUAAUGAAAGGCUCAAAGACGAAAUCACAUAUUUAGAAGAAGAUAUUAGACAAACAACAUUAAAUAAAGAAAAGGAGAUAGGAACCGGUGACAAGAUUCAAACGUUAGAAAAUAACGUAACAGAGUAUUCUAAUCAAAUAGUUCGAAUUAAUACAAAAUGUGAACUUACUAAAACAUCUAUUACCGAAGAAAGAAAAAACAAGGAUGCGUUGUUAUCUGUAAAAGCUGAGAUAGAGCAAAAUUUAUCGCAGAAAAGGAAGAAUUAUGAAAUAUUACAAGCACAAUUUGAUCAAAUAAAAAAAGACCAUGAUGAGAAAAGUGAAAAGGUUCGAAAAUCAGACGAACUCUUACAAACAUUGUCUACAGGGGUUUCAGCACAAGAAGGACACGAGAAUGGAUAUAUGGAACAACUUCAAGAGGCAAAAAAUAAUGCUACUCAAGCAAAGACUGAAUUGGAGCAAGCUAAAUUAAAAAUAUCUCAUCUAGAGAAAGAGCUAAAAGAAAAGGAGCCACAAGCUCAAAAGGCGCAAAAAGAUGGCAAAGGACUACUUAGUACCUUAGAAUCUGCCAAAAAAACAGCGCAAAACUUGCACGCCAAUUUGUCGAAAAUAGAUUGGGAUCAAAGUAGAAUGGAGGACUUGUUAAAAAAAAAGUUAAUCGAAGAAAAAGCUAUUCAAGACCUUACAGAGAAAUGUGAAUCUCUGUCUUCACAAUUGUCGAACUUGGAAUUUGUAUAUUCCAAACCGACACCAGAUUUCGAUCGAAGUAAGGUUAAAGGCCUAGUCGCGGAGUUAAUUAGCUUGGAUCCUAGAUUUGCAAAUUGUUCUACUGCUUUGGAAAUUUGUGCAGGAGGAAGAUUAUACAAUGUCGUGGUGGAUAAUGAAAAAAUAGGAUCGUUACUCCUUGAAAAAGGAAAAUUACGAAAAAAAGUAACGAUCAUUCCGUUGAAUAAGAUUCAAGCCUUUAAGCUACCUGCUGAGAGGAUUGCUACUGCACAAAGGCUUAGUCCAGGAAAGGUGAAUUUAGCAUUAACAUUAAUAGGAUAUGACAGAGAAGUUACACCAGCAAUGGAAUAUGUAUUUGGCGGUACUUUAAUUUGUGCUGAUGCGGAUUCAGCAAAGCUAGUUACUUUUCACAAGAGCGUUCAUGCCAAAUCUGUUACAUUAGAAGGUGAUGUUUAUGAUCCAAGUGGUACUCUUCAAGGUGGAUCAAAACCUUCGUCAGAAGGAAUUCUCAAUAAAAUGCAGACUUUUAGAGAACUCAAAGAUAAGCUAAAAUUUCAUCAACAAGCACUUGACAAGCUAAAACUUGAGAUUGAAGAUGCACAAAAGGUUAUGCACAAAUAUAACCAAAUAAAGCAACAGUUAGAUUUAAAAACACAUGAGGUUGCAUUGUUGGAGGAACAAGUUAAUAAGAGCAGCAGUUCGCAGAAUAUUAUGUCUCAAAUUGCUGAGCAAGAGAAUAUAAUUGUGGAAUCUAAAGAGAAGUAUAAGGCGUGUCAGAUAACGUGUCAAAGACUUGAAAAUGAAAUGAAGGAGUUCAAAAACAACCGAGAUUCCAAGCUAAAAGAAAUUCAAAAAUCAGUAGCUCAAGGAAAAGCAGAAUUAUCACAAAGCAAUCAAGUCGUCAUAACUAUGAACCGUGAUGUUCAAAUAUUGCACUUAGAAAUUAAACAACUUGAAGAAGACUUGCAAAAUUCUAAUAAAGAUAUUGAAAAUUCGGAUAAAAAUAUUAAACAAUUAAUGGAUAUGGUAGCAUCAAUGGAAACAGAAUUAUCAGAUCUAAAGAGUUCACUAGAUAAUGCUCAAUCUGAACUGGAUAAUGAACGAAAUAUAUUGUCGGCUUUUGAUGAAGAGAUUAAAGAACUUCAAACUGCUAUAAAAACGAAAACAGCGCAAAUGACCGAAGUGCAAUUGGAAAUUUCUAGGAUUAACCAUGAAUUAGAAAGGUUUCUUAAGGAAAAACAAACAGCACAACAAGCAAUUCUUCAAAUGGAACAGAAUUAUGAUUGGAUCAUACAACAAAAACAUCAUUUUGGUAAACCCAACACUGCAUAUGAUUUUAUGAAUAAUAAUCCGAGUGAAUGUAAAAAGAUGUUACGACAAUUAGAGGAGAAACGCAACAAUAUGCGUAAAAAGAUCAAUGCUAAAGUCAUGAAUAUGAUCGACAGUGUCGAGAAGAAAGAAGCAUCCUUAAAUCAAAUGUUGGCAACUGUAUUGAAAGAUAAGAAAAAAAUUGAAGAUACGAUAGUAUCCUUGGAUGAUUAUAAAAAAGAUACGUUACAAAAAACUUGGGAGAAGGUAAAUGCAGAUUUUGGAGCAAUUUUUGCAGAUUUAUUACCGAAUAGUUUUGCAAAACUCGUACCUCCCGAAGGUCAGGAUUUGACUCAUGGAUUAGAAGUUAAAGUGCAACUCGGUGGAGUAUGGAAGCAAAGUUUGUCGGAAUUAAGUGGUGGUCAAAGAUCACUUAUUGCAUUGUCACUGAUAUUAUCAUUGCUGCAAUUUAAACCUGCACCAAUGUAUAUUUUGGAUGAAGUGGAUGCAGCGUUGGAUCUUUCUCACACUCAAAAUAUUGGACAAUUACUUCGAACUCGAUUUAAAGGAUCACAAUUUAUAGUUGUUUCACUUAAAGAUGGAAUGUUUAAUAACGCCAAUGUUUUGUUCCGCACACGAUUCCGUGAUGGUACCUCAGUUGUCGAG